AGGCGCACCGCGAUCGAGGAGGAGGGCGAUGGCACGGAACGCAGCAGCCUGGGUGUGGCGGCUGUCAAGAGGCACCAUCACCCUGCAGCGUCCUUCCGCGAAGAGCUGGCCAGUCACGACCCUGGCUACUUCAGGAAGGACUCGCGGACGCCGGAAGAGCGCUCCACCAACCAUGCCCCACACGUCUCACUGGAUGUGCGUCCUGCUAGCACAACCUGCUCCAACGACAGGACUAACAGCGACUCUCACCUAGCGGGGAACACCUGCUCCAGCGAUAGUGCUAACAGAGAUAUUUGCUCAGCGGGAACUGUUAAGACUGCCACAACAGCCAGCACUCCUAGCAGCCCCAACUCAAGCAGUGCAUUAGAUACGUCUGGCAGCCCCAACACGAAUAGCACGUUGGAUACGUCUGGUAGCCCCAUCACAAGCAGCACGUUGGACACUUUUAGUAGUACCAGCACUGCCAGAUCCCCAGAAACCCCUGCCAGCCCCAGUACAGUGAGAUCGAAUACUGUCAAUACUCACGAUGCUCUUAACUGUGUUUCAAAACCUUCCAAUUAUGGACGCUCUAUCACAAAUAUGAGUAAGAGUGACUGGGAGUGCAAGACGGGCGAUAAGAGCGACACUGAUAACCUUGCUGACUCAACCGCCAGACUCCAUAUCAGCGCCACCAAUCAGGAAGACAGUAGGAGUGUGAAAGGCAACGAUGGCGGGAGUGUAGCAGUCACUGGGGCACCCAAGGUAGUGAAUGACACAGCGGAGGCGUCGGGAACUGGCUCAGUGCAGAUGGCAGAAGCCUCAGUGUCAGAGAGUGGUUUCCCGACCAUUAUAACUAUACCUACCCCGACCAGCGGCGGGUGGAGCUUCACUGAACACAAACCCAGCCGCAGCGUUUGUGAGGAACUGCGGCAGUUGUCCCGGGUCAACUCCCUCGUAGAAAGAGGGUCUCUGGCCAAUAUCCGUUCCAACUCUGUAGAUGAGAACGGACCGUACGCGUCGGGUCGUACUACUGGGACGGGUACGUGCGCGUCCUCGCGUCGUGGAACGCACAUUGCGAAGCUCAUACAGUCUAAGAGUGUGAACAUGGGAGACCGACCCAUCUACCCCAACGUGCCCUUCUCCCCCUACGGCUCCCCGUGCUCCUCCCCCAGACUACGCCGCCGCCCGCUCAAGGAGUCUCGGUGCGUCAGCAUUGAGAAGAAUGGAGAAUACGUGCAGCUCAACCAGUACAAGCUCAAGGAAGCCAUCGGCCAGGGGUCGUAUGGCAUCGUCAAACUCGCCUACAACGAGGAGGACGACACGCAUUAUGCGAUGAAGAUCUUGUCUAAGAAGAAACUGAUGAAGAAACACGGGUGCUUUGGGGCGCCUACCACCUCCGAGAGCAUCAGGAGGGAGACCAAAGAACCCCUUGACCGUGUACACAGAGAGAUAGCCAUCUUGAAGAAACUAAACCAUCCCAAUGUUGUCAAGCUAGUUGAGGUACUCAACGACCCCGAUGAAGAUAACUUUUAUAUGGUGUUUGAGCUUCUGGAGAAGGGAGAAGUAAUGGAGAUUCCAACAGACUCUCCAUUAGGUGAAGAUAAAGCCUGGAGUUACUUCAGAGAUGUUGUCAUGGGCAUUGAGUAUUUGCACUACCAAAAGAUUAUCCAUCGAGACAUCAAGCCAUCAAACUUACUCCUUGGAGACAAUGGUCAUGUUCAGAUAGCAGACUUUGGGGUUUGUAAUGAAUUUGAUGGGAAAGAUGCCUUUCUCACCAAUACAGCAGGAACUCCUGCUUUCAUGGCACCAGAAGCUCUCUCAACGUCACGGCACAAAUAUUCUGGGAAGGCAGCAGACAUAUGGGCAAUGGGCAUAACUUUGUAUGCCUUUGUUUAUGGCAAACUGCCAUUCCAUGAUGAAAAUAUAGUUGUGCUAUAUGACAAGAUCAGAAGUUCAGCUCUCUCAUUCCCACCUGUGCCAUUUGUCUCGGAUGAUCUGAAGGACUUAAUUUCUUUAAUGCUGGAAAAAAUUCCUGCUAGAAGAAUAACUCUACCUGAUAUUAAGGAACAUCCUUGGGUGUCAGCUGGCAACCAAUACCCUCUGCCAUCAGAAGAAGAAAACUGUGUGUUAAUUGAAGUUACAGAGGAAGAAGUGCAGUGUUGUGUGCGCUCCAUCCCCAAGUUAGAGACACUUAUUCUUAUUAAAUGUAUGCUCAAGAAACACAGCUUCCAGAAUCCAUUCAAGAUGAACGUGUUCAUCAAAGAGCAGUUUGCACGUACAGGACGGUCUCACUCGGCGCCUGGUUCGUAUGAGUUCUACUUGGACAGUCGAUACUUCCCUCCCAGCAGUAGAUGAACUUGAGGUUAGCGGAGAGGAUAGAUGAUGUGGUGGGCCGGCAGAAGAUGCAGUGCAGAUGAUGAAACCUGACCAUGCAAUAAGGACAGCAGAUGAUGAGAAUCAAGCUAUUGGUGGUGCCAUUGCUAAAACAGGUGAUACAGUGAGAAUAACGUGCUAAACAGCUGCAGUCAGUAAGAUUAGACAGUUGAAUUCGAAUAAUAAUUAUUGGUAUGAAGUAAAGUUAAUGAUAAACCAAAUCAAAACCUUGACAGCUUAAUGCAAAACACUGAGUAAAAAGACGACUAAGGAUUCUGUUGUGAGGUAAUACAAAUGAUCUGAGACGAUGAAGUGGUUUGGCUUUUAUGUCAAUAUAAUACCUGAAUCUGAAAUUUCAUAGACCAUAGAUGGGGAAUAUUUUAUAACUAGACCUCUCUACAUAACCAAAGAGGAAAUAAACUUUUGCAAAAUGGCAUUUUUCCAUUAUUCACUGUACUGUAUUACCCUAUUUAAACUUAUACGGGUGGGUAGUAUCUUAAUUUUCUAUAAUAUAAGUUUAUACUCUUAUAAAGUUUUUAAAUAUACUGUACUGUAAUGCAUUUAAGCAACAACAGAUAUUGGACAAUAUUUCUUCAUGUACUUAUGAAAUGCACUAAGAAAGGUGAUUUCAGUGCUAUAAAUAUUGUCAAGAUGUACACACAAUUUUCCAUGUAAGAGGUGGUGCUAAGGUGUCAGCUAUUGUAGUUAAUGGUAUCUCUGACAUUUCUGACGUAGCUCAUUACACCCAUCUGUGAUGUUUGCUGUUAGUGCACAAUUCAUUAUUAUGACAAUCUGGUAGCCUACUCCCUGAGUGACGACUGAUGAGUAUUUAUGCAAGCAGUGUUUUCCAGUAAUGUGUUGAAGAAUCUUGGAAUAAAAGAUUCUUGAGUGAUAUUAGUUUAAGUAAAUAAUCAUCAUAUUAACCAUUUUUAUAUUCAUUAUACUUAUUGCUUGGUAUAUGCUAAAUUUCAAAGGUUUUGUAUCUAUACCUUAUUUCAAGGGAGGGGGAGGCUUUCUAAUGUUUAAAAUUGGCUUCUAAGCUGAAAUAUAUACAACAGGUGAGUUUAUUUUGUGCCUACACAAAAAAUAUUGAGCAUUAAACAGCUACUUUACACUAUGUGCUGGGUCGAUAAUGUCAUGGGUGCCGGGCUAUGAUGUCACAUUUGCCAUGGUGAUAGUGUAUAUAGCUCUGGGUUGUAAUAGCAGGGCUAUUAUCAUGAAAAAUAGUGCAAAGAUGUCACAGUAGUCAGUUGGUAGUGUCAUGUGAGUCAGGGCUGUGAGUUGAGACUUGUUGAAUCAUCUGUAAUCUGUCAAAUUGCUGUUCACGUGACAAGAGGUUUAUUCUUUCUAUGAUGUUAAUGAUGCAUAAUUUCUUAUUACUUGAAUAUUGCAUUUUUAAUGUUGUGCUAGUUUAUAAAUACAGUACUAUACUAACUCAGUGAUAUUUAAGUACACUGUUUUUGCUUAAUGUUAUAUACAUUGUGAGUUUGAGACAAGCAUUGCAGUCUCUUCAAUUAUUCUGUGAUUUUUCUGACUAGCAUAUUUAGAUGAGAUAAAUGUUUCACAAGCUGCACACCAGUUAACAUAUUCCAGUAAAGAGCAUUGAUUGAUUCUGAUCAUUUUAAAGCUAAGUUCUCUGGUAACAAUUUGUGGUUUUUAUUAUAUACAGUAAAACCCCUAUAAUUUGUACCCACCAAAUUUUAAAUCACUCAUAAUUCGUAUUGUUUUAAUGUUACGAAAUAUAUACAGUAUUACAAAUUUCAUAUUUGGUAAAAUUGUGAAAUGUUGUAUGUAUAUGAUGCACAUCUCGUAUGGGAUGUGACCGACUACUCCUGCUUCAUUGUAAACACGUACUGUAUGCAUCAAGCUUGUCGGUCACGUUAAGUUUACAUUGGUCAGUUGUGGAGUGUACAUCGACUGUUUACCACGCAGGCAGGGUCGGCUCUAGCUUCUGAGGGGCCCUGUGCAAGAUAAUGAUUGGGGGGUUCCCAUUCCUUAGACAACCCUCCCAUCGUGCCAGGUUUUGUAGACAGAAACCACCAAAUCCCAAACUUACUGGUGCCAAAUUGCAGAAACACACUCGCCUGCAGUUUUGAGAUGCGCAUGCCGCACAAUAUAUCAGAAUUGAAAUACAAAUUCUCUGAAACAAAUAUAUUGUGUUCAGAGGAGGGCUCCCUAAGUGAUGGGGACCCUGUGCAGCCGCACAGACCACACAUAGCUGGGGUCGGCCCUGUGCACAAGCUUUCCCUUGUUUUUCCAACUUUGCCGAGUGUUUGGGCCAUUAUGUCUGAUAACCCUGGACCAAGCACCAAAAUCUGUUAUUGUACUUAGAAACAUUUAAAUUUUGAUGGGGGAAAAAACCUUAAAAGUCCUGCUUCCCCCCCUCAGGUGUCCCUCAUAUUUUUUAAAUCUCAUAAGUUGUAAGGGCGAGAGCCCCUAUUAUUUUUCAAUUAUGGGUUUUUUUACUGUAGAUGUAAGGAUUAUUUUGAAAGGUUAUUUUAAAAAAAUAUUUUAGAAAAAUUAAAAGAACAAGAAUGCUAUGCCAGUUAUCGUGGAUGUGUUGAAUGGAGGUGCAGCUCUCAGUUGAUGUUUGUCUCGUGGUACAAGAUCCAGUUCCCAGCAUGCAACAUAGAUAAUCUCCUGUGAACUGAAUUUCACUUUCUAUGCAAAAACAAAUACUUCAAGGCUGUCUUGCAUCUAACAUUAUAUGCAUACAUUAUUUCUUUAUCAUAAUUGACUUGAAUUUCAUUUUAUUUGUGUUGUCAUGUGUAAAUACUAUCCAAGGAGAAAUUUUCAAAACUAAUUGUUUACCUCAGCUAAAUAAAUAAUAAUAAUACACAAAAUGGUACAGGUAAUUAUAAAAAGUACUUGUAUCAUGACUGAUAUUUCUCUGAAGUGUUUUCAAAUUAUAAUGGACAAUAUCAAUGGCUAUAUUUUAAGUUUUUAAUGUGUCACCAUAUGCAAUUCCACCUGUAAUGUUAAUUAUAAAAAAUAAAAAAAUCACUUCAAUUAAAUGAUAAAUUAUAAAUAUUAUAGAUUUAGAGACUGUUAAACAUACGUACAGUACAGUAUUUUUCUAAAGAAAAUUAUGUUGAUUUAUUUGAAGACUUGGUGCAAAAAAAGAAAUUAGGAACUUGUUUUAUUAAGAACAUGUAGUCUGCAUAUUCAGUAAUUUUGUAAAGAAAUUAUAAUGUUCCAGUUUUGUACAAUCCAGAUUUAUCUUUUCAAUAUGAAAAUUUGUUUGUAAGUACAGUAGUUAUGGGUUGGCAUCUGUCACCCAUUAGCACACUAUCAGGGUAAAGACCCUCCCUUGAAUAAUUCUUUAGUUUUACCUUAUUUACAUUAAUUCAUUUUUUAGUCUGUACAAGUACACUUUCUUAAACCCACCCCAUACUCUCCUGUGGAAAUAACUAUUUUCCAUUUUUUUUAGUCCUUUUCCUAACGUCUACACUUUCCUGUACAAGAUACAGCAUUAUUUAUCCUUUUUUCUUCUUCAUUCUGUUGUUAAUAUCAUUUUGUAAACUUCAUGUUAAACUACUUGGACUGAGACAAAAUAUUAGUACUUAAAUAUUCUCCCUUUGCGUAUACUUGCUGCAGCAACCCCCAUACAUUUUAUUUGUUUGUGCAAGCAAGUGGUAGGUGCUUCAUUUAUCUGAUUUCCAAAUCAGCCUGCAAAAUUCUUUAACAAAUGCCUUGAGCAAUGGUUAAAAGCUGAAAUGUUUGUCAAAGAUUAUGCAUGCAUAACUCUGCUCUUAAAGCAGGGAAAGGUGAUGUGGUGUAAAAUGUCAUAAAGGUGAAGCUCUUGCAUUGCUGUAUACUCUGUAUAUAAGCUACUAGUCAUGUGAUUGGUAGUAAUUAGUGGACAUCCUACUAAAUCCUUCUGUAUUUAUUCACAAAUGUUUAUUGUGACCUCAUUUACUUGUAACUCGGAGGAGGAUUCCACACAGCAAUACUUAAGACAGGGAAUUCAACCUUUGUAAAACAGUUAAUGUCAAGAGUUGAAUUUGGGUGAUCACUUGCACACAUUAAUUUUUUUACUGUUAAGUACAGACUUAAGUGUUUCAAACUUGUAGUGCUAAAUUGUCUCAGGCUAUAGUAGCAUUGCAUUUUCCUAUGCAAACUAAAUGCCACUGUAAAAAAUACAAAAUUGUAACUUAUACCCAACAUUGUCUAGUCACUUUUAGUAAAGGGCUGGACUGUCCCAUACACUGUGUAAACUGAUUUGUAAUAGAUAUCAGCUUCCCUCAAUUUGAAUGUUAACUUGUAGGGUUCCUGUUAGAAAGAGCAGUUGGCAUUUUGUCUUCUGCCAAUGACCUGCCAUACUUAGGAUGGGUUUCUUAUUUUGAAGGUAAACUUUCCUUGAUAAACAAACUAUUCAACAGGGCAAACCACCUCCUUUAAACACUGGAGAAGUUUUUAAAUAUGAAUUGAAAGUCUGUGUAUGGGUGUGUAUAUAAAAGUGCAAAUGUGUGUAAGCAUAUAAAAAAAAACAUUGUAGAAUAUCAUGACUUGUUACAACCAAUAGAAAUUUUAAUUCUGAGUAAGGUAAAUUCAACAUUCAUUUAUAAACAAAACAAAGAUAUGAAAUUAACUGUCAGUAUGUGCACUAAUCUGGAGCCAACAGUAAGUACUGUACGUAGUAUAUCAUUAUUCACUUCAGGUAAAAAAAUAAGGUGCUACAGUAACUAUUGAAAACAUGUAAUAGCUCUCAAAUUAUUUAGAGGGAUAUUUGAAACCUAUGGAAGUGCCUGCAAAGCUACUAUGAGACAGUUGACAAAAACAUACAAGCAAAAUACUGAAUUGUACACAAAAUUAUGGGAAAAAGAAACACAAAAUGAAGGAUUCAGAAGACAUGACAGGGUGGCAGUGUGAAGUGUACAAUUUGAUAGUUGAUUGUGUAAAGGUUAUAAAAUAUUUAAAGUAACUUUAUGUAUUAUCAAUGCUCAGUGUGCAUGGAGCAAAUAAUUUUAAAUGCACAUGUACUAAGUACAUUGGAAGCUAAUGAAUAUGCAAGGAAAAAGCUCUAUACAGGUUACCUUGUAACAUGUAGGUUUGAUUUCAGUGAGCAUUUUCUACUUGUUCACUGCAUUCAUUGUUCUUUUCACAUGUGCAUACACAUACCAUACACACAUUUGUGUGUCAUAUAUAUAUAUAUAUAUAUAUAUAUAUAUAUAUAUAUAUAUAUAUAUAUAUAUAUAUAUAUAUAUAUAUAUAUAUAUAUAUAUAUAUAUAUAUAUAUAUAUAUAUAUAUAUAUAUAUACUUUUAUGCAUUAUUGCAAUUUUUCCAUUUUCAGUGUGUACUGUACAUAAACUUUUUCUGUGUACCAUUUCAUAUCUGUUGGAAUUUCUAUAUUUUUAGACUGUUUCACUUUUCUUAUAUCUAAGUGUGAUCCAUGGUCAUUUUGAAGAAUAUUAACUUCUAGAUAAAUUGUGGAUCUUGGCUAUAUUAUUCCUGUAUCAUAAGGAUGCAAGAAGUUCAUGUUUGUGUCUUACAACCUAAUAUGUACACUUCAAUUAAAUCAACAUUUGAAGAACU